GUUGAGUUAUAAUUUUCUUGAGUUUUGUGAGUUCGAGUUGUGAGUGAUGGCUUACGGUUUAAAAAGUGCUCGAAUACCGUAAAGUCAGAAAAAAUGACAAAAAUUUGGUUUUCACCAUUUCAAAGACAAUGCUUCGUGACGUCAGGAGUGUGCCUGAACAUGGCUGGUCAUGGAUUGACAGUUGGCUUCACGGCUGUACUGCUGCCACAGCUGCAACGACCAGACUCACCCAUACCUGUGGAUGACGUCAGCGGAUCUUGGAUAGCUUCAAUUCUCGGCUUCGCUCUCGUGACUGGAAACUUCAUCGUGCCCACGGUAAUGGCUAAAAGUGGCCGCAAAACCGCCAAUCUGGUCAGCAUCCUGCCCAUGCUGGUCGGCUGGUUUAGCAUCCUCCUGGCCACCAGCGUCUCUGACCUUCUCCUCGCCAGGUUCCUCCAGGGGGUCUCGAUGGGAAUGAUCGCCACGCUAGGACCAGUACUUAUAGGAGAAUACACAAGCCCAAAGAACAGAGGCGCUUUCCUUAUGACCCUCUCUCUAGCCAUCGCAAUUGGAGUCCUAACAGUUCACACAGUUGGGUCUUAUUUCGGUUGGCAAACAGCAGCACUUUUAUGCGCUUUUAUAUCUUUCACAAAUUUGCUGAUUGUGAUGAAUUCGCCCGAAUCGCCAAGCUGGUUAGCUGAUCAAGGACGAUACGAAGAAUGUGAACAAAUCUUUAGAUGGCUUAGAGGUGACAAAGAAGAGGAAGAGUUACAUGCAAUGAUGGAAACAAGUGCUCUUAUCAGGGAAUCUAAAGACGAUGCUGGUGUAAACGAUUCUUUUCUAUGGAAGCUUAAGAGCGGUUUAGUGUAUUUGAAUGAGACGGUGCGAAAAAGACAAUUCUAUAAACCAAUAUUUAUAAUGAUGCACCUUUAUACGUUAGGCCAAUGGGGAGGUGCGAACAUUAUGUCAGCUUACACCACCAAGAUAUUAGAGAAUGUCGUCGGACCUAAUGCCAUGUUCGGGCUGAUUAUUAUUAGUCUUGGCACACAGAGGAUCAUAUCAAACUCUAGCGCUAUAUAUGUCAUCAAGAAGAUCAAAAGACGGACUAUAUUGUUAAGCACUACGUUAAUCAACAUUUGUGCUUUCCUCACGAUAGCUGCGUAUACUUACGCCAAAACACAUGGUUAUCUUCCAUUUGACCAUCCAUUAAUAGGUAUAACUCUAGCUCAUAUCCACAUGUUUUCUAUUGCUACAGGAACAGUGCCACUACCUCUGAUAAUAGCUGGAGAGUUAUUUCCAUUAGAAUACAGAAGUUUAGCUGGCGGCAUAAGCGUCCUUUUCGUUUCUGUGAAUCUUUUCCUGACGGUGAAAACACUGCCAUAUUUUUUUGCGACGAUAGGCCUCCCUGGGGCGUACUGCAUGUAUGCUGGGAUAGUCGGGUAUUGCCUGGUCGUGUGUUGGAUGGUGCUACCUGAGACCAAGGAUAGAACUCUUCAGGAUAUUGAGGAGGAGUUUAUGGGACGUCCGUUGUCGCCGGAAGAGUUAAUGUCGACGUUAUCGCUGACGUCUUUAAAAUUGCACAACGCAGACCGGCGGUGCAGUGCUCCCAUGAUUUAGGUUCUCAUCGUCAUCGAAGGUCAUCGAGUCUAUUACUGAGUAGGCAAACAGUGUCAGGUAGGGGCAAAUCGCU